AUGACCCACCCCGCCCACGGGCCGCCGAGAGGAGAACUGCCGUGCCGGCUGCGGCCCGCCCCCCCACCACCAAACACCAAGCAGCCCCCCACUCCCAAACCGCCCCCACGCACGAUCCACCGCACUGGGCACCACCGGCACCCGCACCAACAAAGCGAAGCCACACCCCCGAAGCCCGCACCCAACCCACAACAGACACACAUGAACCCUGGCCACAGGCGCGACCACCCUACGGAAGGCAUGUCUGACGGCCAGGGCCCAAUUGGUGGUGGAGAUACGUGUCUUUACAUCGUCGGCUACUUCAUGUUCCUGCAGCCCCUCAACCACAGACGAAGAGGAAGGUUUUACUCUCAGCCUCUGAACAUCUCUAUCAGAGCUCUGAGAGACACAAUGAAGGAAACAUCUGUCAGAUUUCUGCUCAUUCUGACCUCAGUGCUGAGCUGCACAACAAACCAAGCAGCUGAUCUCACUGUGAGUCCAAAGACAUCUCAGUUUUUUACAGGAGACUCUGUGUCUCUGAGCUGUGAGAUCAGCAGCUCUGCUGGAUGGACUGUAUGGAGGAUCACAACUAGAGGGAUCAGGACUCAGUGUGGAGAUAGAUGGGGGGAACCAACUGCUUCGACCUGCAACAUCUUCUGGUUGUCCACAUCAGACAGUGGAGUUUACUGGUGUGGGUCGUCCAGAGAGGGAGCAGCCAGCAGCAGCAUCAACCUCACUGUCACUGGUGGAUCAGUGAUCCUGCAGAGUCCUGUCCUCCCUGUGAUGGAGGGAGAUGACGUCACUCUGAGCUGUCUAACAAAGACCACUCCCUCCAACCUCCCAGCUGCUUUCUAUAAAGAUGGCUCCCUCAUCAGGACUGAGCCCAAAGGUCACAUGACCCUCCACCAUGUGACCAGCUCUGAUGAAGGCCUCUACAGGUGUAACAUCAGGGGUCAUGGAGAGUCUCCAUCCAGCUGGAUCUCUGUUGAAGAUAAGCCAUCAAACACUUUUACAACCCUUCCUGGUCCUUCAACCACUUCUUGUCCUGUACCUUCUCUUCCAUCUACAACAUCUUCUGUAUUUCUCUGCUACUUUCUUUACUACGUUCUCCCGUUACUUUCAAAGAUGAUUCUUAUGGUUGUGCUGCUGGUCCUACUGAGGAGACGAUGUGUUGAGAGGAAAUCUGAAGAAGAAGUUGGAGGGGGAAAUGUUUACGGUAACAUCGGUGUUUCCAAUUAA